CCUUGGAGGUCGACAAUGAAGAAGCAGAAAGACUUAAAUCCUCAAUACCUUUCUUCCUCUUCUUCUUCUUCUUCCAUGCUUCUCUUUCAUGUUAUUUUGCUUUCUUUACUUCCAUUGAAGACCACCUGUUCAUCAAGAACUCAAGCCGAAGCACUCGUCCAAUGGAAGAACACUUUGUCUAUUGUGCCACCUUCUCUCGAUUCAUGGUCCUUGUCCAAUCUCAACAAUCUCUGCAACUGGACUUCCAUUACCUGCGAUCAUGCCACUUCAACUGUCUCGCAAAUCAACCUCUCCAAUUCAGACAUGUCUGGUUCCAUUUAUCAGUUCAACUUCACCCCAUUCGCCAAUCUCACGCGCUUCGACCUUGGAAACAACACCAUGGAUGGCCGAAUACCGUCUUCAAUUGGUACUCUGUCCAAGCUGGUUGUGUUGGAUUUCAGCAACAAUUCUUUUCAAGGCGAGAUACCGGUGGAGAUUGGUCGUUUGAGGGAGCUUCGAUAUCUGAGUUUAUUCAACAACAAUCUUAGUGGAACAAUUCCUCCUGAAGUUAGCAAUCUCCAAAAUAUAAGACAUCUCGACCUCGGAUUUAACUACUUUGUUUCUUCGGGCUGGUCUCGUUUCUUGCCCAUGCCGUUGUUGACACACCUCAGCUUAGCUUACAAUGAAUUUGAAUUGGAAUUCCCUAGCUUUAUACUGAACUUCCAUAAUCUUAGUUUCCUGGAUUUGUCAUUGAAUAGGUUGACUGGUCCAAUACCAGAAUCACUUUUCACCAAUCUCACCGAGCUUGCGUCGCUCAAUCUCACUGGUAAUGCCUUUGAAGGGCCAUUAUCUUCCAAUAUUUCUAAGCUUACCAAACUUGUUCAUCUUCAACUAGCUACCAAUAUGUUAAAUGGUUCAAUUCCUGCAAGUAUAGGAACCCUGCCUGAGCUUGAAACCAUUGAGCUGUUCGAAAACAUGUUUGAAGGGGAGAUUCCAUCUUCAUUAGGCCAAUUGAUAAAGCUCAAAAGACUUGAUCUUCAUUCCAUUGGCUUAAAUUCCACCGUCCCAUCCGUGCUUGGUUCUUGUACUAACCUCACCUUUCUGUACUUAGCUGGUAACCUACUAAGUGGGGAGUUGCCCUUGUCCUUGUCACAACUCACAGAAUUAACCGAGUUGGGUUUAUCUGAGAAUUUGUUCUCCGGUAAGAUCCAAUCAUCUCUGGUUUCUAAUUGGACCAACUUGAUCAGUUUGCAACUUCAAAACAAUCUUUUCUCUGGGAAGAUUCCACCAGAAAUCGGUCUAUUAACAAAGCUCCAAGUCCUCUUUCUCUAUAACAACCAACUCUCCGGUUCAAUUCCAUCGGAGAUCGGAAACUUGAAGUCCCUGAAUGUUUUAGACCUUUCCGAGAAUCAUCUUUCGGGUCCAAUUCCUCCGACGAUAUGGACUCUUUCCAACCUUGAAGCCUUACAGCUUUUCUACAAUAAUCUCAUUGGCACAAUUCCACCAGAGAUUGGAAACAUGACAUCCCUGCAGUCUUUUGAUGUCAACACAAACUCCUUGCACGGAGAAUUACCCGACACUAUUUCCAACCUCGUCAACUUAGAAGCAUUCUCGGUGUUCACCAAUAAUUUCUCGGGUACCAUUCCUCGGGAUUUCGGGAAGAACAGUCCUGUGUUGAAUUAUGUGAGCUUAUCCAACAACAGGUUUUUCGGGGAAUUGCCUCCUGAAUUGUGCAGUGGUUUUGCUCUUCUAAACUUCACAGUAAAUGGAAACACCUUCACCGGGUCGUUGCCGGCUUGCUUGAGGAACUGUACGAUGUUAAGAAGAGUCCGGUUUGAAGGGAACGGAUUUACGGGGAACAUCACCAAUGCAUUUGGAGUUCAUCCUGAGCUCGACUAUAUUUCUCUUAGUGACAACCAAUUCACCGGUGAAAUCUCACCGGAGUGGGGAGAAUGUCAAUAUCUAACCAAUCUAGAAAUGGAUGGAAAUAAAAUUUCUGGUAGAAUUCCUGCUGAGCUUGGGAAGUUGACUCAGUUGCGAGUUUUAGACCUGGGAUAUAAUGACUUGAAUGGGGAUAUUCCUUUGGAAUUGGGAAAUUUGAGCUUGUUGUUCAACCUUAAUCUGAGGCAGAACCAUCUCACAGGUGGCAUACCUCAGAGUAUAGGCAAUUUACCGCGUCUACAAGUCCUCGAUUUGUCAGAGAACAAACUGAUAGGAAAAAUACCAAAAGUUAUCGAGAAUUGCAACGAGUUAUCGAGCCUGAAUUUGAGCCACAAUAACUUAUCUGGCGAAAUACCACCCGAGUUGGGUAACUUAUAUCGUUUCUCUCUUUUGGAUAUCAGCAGCAAUUCACUGUCAGGAGCAAUCCCUGAAGACCUUGAUAGGCUUCUAUUAUUGGAGAAACUCAACGUUUCACAUAACGAUCUCUCGGGUGGAAUUCCUACUUCAAUGUCGAAGAUGAUAUAUCUUAUUUCAUUCGAUUUCUCCUACAAUAAGCUUGCUGGUCCCAUUCCACGUGAUGGUGUGUUCCGAAAUGCUCCGGUAGGAGCUUUUGUGAGAAAUUCAGGUAUGUGUGGAGAUUUUAAAGAAGUAACUCAUUGCAAAUCAACUUCCAGUAGGUCUAGAAAUCACAGCAGUAGGGUUCUUAUAGCCACCAUUGUUUCAUUUGCAAGCGUAUUCUUUGUGGGGCUAAUCGUCGUUGUAGUUCUUAUACGUUAUCAGCAUAGCCGAGUGCUCAACGAGGAGACUAGAUUUGGUAUCAGGCGGGACACUUCUGUAACAUCAACUGUAUGGGAAAGAAAUGCAGCAUUUACAUUCAGUGAUGUAGUACAAGCAACAGAGAAUUUCGAUGACGAACACUGCAUCGGCAUAGGAGGAUCCGGACGUGUUUAUAAAGCGCAAUUACGUACAGGUCAGGUGGUUGCGGUAAAAAAACUCAAUUUCUCUGACUCUCAGGACAUUCAAGUUACCAGUCGGAUGUUCGAGAAUGAGGUUCGGAUGAUGAUAAAAGUUCGGCAUCUAAAUAUAGUCAAGUUGUACGGAUUCUUUUCUAGUCGGGAGCUUAUGUAUCUGGUUUACAAAUAUAUGGAGAGGGGCAGUUUGAGAAGUGUGUUAUAUGGAGCAGAGGGCGGUGAGGAGGCUCUGGGAUGGCCGACGAGGUUGAAAAUCGUGCAGGGACUGGCUCAUGCAGUCGCUUACUUGCAUCAUCACUGCUCUCCGCCGAUUAUACACAGAGACAUAUCUUUGAAUAACGUUUUGCUCGACUCAGAAUUUACACCAAAGCUCUCGGAUUUCGGUGUUGCAAGAUUGAUGAAUCCAAAUUCAUCCAACUUUACCGCAGUUGUUGGCUCUUAUGGCUACAUUGCACCUGAGCUCGCACUCGCAGCCCGAAUCACUGAAAAAUGUGACAUUUAUAGCUUUGGAGUGGUAACCUUAGAACUUAUGCUGGGAAAGCACCCAGGGGAGCUUUUGAGUUCACUAUCAAGGCCAUUGUCAUCAAACAACAAAAAAUUGUUUCUAAUGGAUGUGUUAGACCAACGACUUCCACCUCCCACCGGACAUAUGGUUACUGAUGUCGUGUUUGCAGUGAUGGUGGGCUUAGCCUGUGCACGUGCCACUCCGGAGUCCCGACCUCCCAUGCAUUUUGUAGCGCAAGAACUGUCGGUGGGAACACAGGCCUGCCUCAAUGAACCGUUGGGAACGAUAACCAUGAGCAUGCUUGCUAGCCUAAAGAGUAUAACGGUACGGAACAGACCAGCAAGUUUCAAUUUGGAUUUGGAAGAGCAAAGAGCCAAUUGAAUCCCAGUAUCAUAGGAAGUUAGACUUACGAUUCGAAGUUUCGACUUCAAAUGGUAUCGGUAUCACGUUGUAAAAUGUAUUAAAGAAGCGGGCAAUUGUUUCUGAUCUUACAUUACUUGCCAGAAGCGAUCAAUGACACCUUUUUUUGCUUCACCAACAAAAUCUCAUAUACUAUAUAUACUUUCUGGAUAGAUAAACCAUCAAAAAGUUUCGAUGUUUGCGGUGUAACGGACCGGAAAGGCAUAUGAUUAGGCACUCCACCUACAGCUACACAUUGUUUGAGGACUGUACCUGUUUGCUUAGGCAAGAAUGGAUCAAUCCAAACUCAGCCCAGUGAGAAAAUUGAUGCAAGAAGUACAUACCACAAGACAAC